CAUCUAGUAAGCGACGUAACCUGUCCCGGAAUUUCGUGUCCGUCGUUGGCCCUUCUCAAUGUCAACUCUCGCCAGAAUCGUCCGACGCAGUAUUGUCAGCAUUAUACAGGUACAACUACGUGGGAUGUCUUCGUCGGUAGAAGGCCAGAUGGGUCAAACUGUCAUCAUCGCCGUGGGCCAGAUGCGGUCCACCAGCGACAAGAUUGCCAAUCUCUGCCAGGUGAAGGAGUUGGUGACCCGAGCCAAGGCCAGUAAAGCCUGCAUGCUAUUUCUCCCAGAGUGUUGUGACUUUGUGGGCCAGAACCGCGCUGAGACCUUGGAGCUGUCUGAGCGUCUGAACGGUGAGCUGAUGGCACAAUACCGGGAGCUGGCCAGGAGAAAUGGUAUUUGGCUCUCGUUCGGGGGCGUCCACGAGCGAAACGAUCAGGGAAAGAUUUACAACGCCCACGUCCUGGUUAACGAGAAGGGGGAUCUGGCGGCGGUCUACCGAAAAAUGCAUCUGUUUGACGCCACCACUAAGGAAAUACGUCUGCGUGAGUCUGACACCGUGACGCCGGGCGAGCGCUUGGAACGCCCUGUUGCCACACCCGCCGGCAAGAUAGGCCUCCAGAUCUGUUAUGACCUGCGAUUUGCGGAGCCGGCUGUCUUGCUGCGAAAGCUAGGGGCGCAACUGCUCACUUAUCCAGCCGCCUUCACCUACGCGACAGGAAAAGCGCACUGGGAGAUCCUGCUGCGGGCCAGGGCGAUCGAGACGCAGUGCUUCGUGGUGGCCGCUGCUCAGCAGGGCUGGCACAAUCAGAAACGCCAGAGCUGGGGCCAUAGUAUGAUUAUCAGUCCUUGGGGCAAGGUGCUAGCCGAUUGCGGUGGCGACCAGGAAUUGGGCAUCGGCACGGCGGAAAUUGAUGUUGGCCAGCUAGAAACUCUUUACCAGAAUAUGCCAUGCUUCGAGCACCGCCGCCACGAUAUUUAUAGCCUAACGGCUUAUAACGUCCGUAGCCCCGAGCUAGCAGAGGAUCGCGCCUUUGCCAAUAACAUAGUGGACAAACGUACCAUAUUCUACGAGUCGGAGCAUUGCUUCGCCUUCACCAACCUCCGCUGCGUGGUGGAGGGGCAUGUGCUGGUGUCCACCAAGCGGGUUACUCCCCGUCUGCAUGGCCUAAGUUGCGCCGAGAUGGCGGACAUGUUUGCCACUGUGUGUAUGGUGCAACGGUUGCUGGAAAAGAUCUAUCAGACCACUUCGGCCACAGUCACCGUGCAGGAUGGUGCACAGGCUGGACAAACUGUGCCCCACGUUCACUUCCAUGUCAUGCCGCGCAGACAUGGAGACUUCGGCCACAACGAUCAGAUCUACGUGAAGCUGGACGAGCGAGCGGAGGAGAAGCCGCCGCGCACAAUUGAUGAGCGGAUUGCUGAGGCGCAGGCUUACCGCAAUUUCCUGCUGGACUGCAGCUAGCUCUCCCAUAUCCCGACUUCCACUUUGUGAUUUGAUGUUUGUAUACAUACUUAAUAAAUAAAGCCACCCUGAGACAAUA